AUGAUUACUCCUAAUAUACGUUUUUGGCCUUUAGUAGCAGCAGUUGGUGUUAGUUUUGUUGGCUACUGUGUGUAUUUCGAUCGAAAACGACGAAGUGCACCUGAUUUUCAUGAAAAACUAAAAGCUAAACGACUACAAAAAAAACAAAAACCACAACAAACUGGUGGUACCAGUAGUUUUAACAAAACAGAUGAUGCUGAAGAAAUGCGUCAUUAUUUUCUUGAACAAAUUCAACUAGGUGAAGAUUGUUUAACGCGUGGUGAUAUCGAUACUGGUCUCAAUUGUCUGGCAAAAGCUAUUCUUGCUUGUAGUCAACCUCAAAGUCUAAUGGCCUUCUUUCAACAAUCAUUACCGCUUGAAUUGUUCCAAGAGUUGAUCACACGUAUACCAAAAAUUGCUCAAUCAAUGGAAAAUUCCGCUGCAUUCUCGGCCGCUUUAGGUAGUGGUUCUUUGCCUGAAGUAGACCUUGAAUAA